GCCACCUGGGCUGUGGUGGCCCCUCCUUCUGACCAGCUGUUGGGGAAACUCAUUCCCCCUCCAGCCCUUAUCUUAGGCUCUCCACCCCCUGCAGCCGUUCCCAAGAAGAGGCAGACGGCUCCUGCUGAAGGCCCUAGUGCCCCGAAGAAAAAGAGAGCUGCCCGAACCAAGGCCACCACAGAGCCGGCGUACGAUCGGUAGAUGGUAGAGGAUUACUUUGUGUCAUUACCUAUAGACCCCGCCUGGUUUCCCGCCAAUGUGCGUCGACACCUCGAUAAGGACUAACCUAACUCAACCUUCAUUUUUGUUUUUAUCUUAUGUGCUUCUGACGAUUCUUGUUUCUAGAGUCGCUUCCCCCACCUGCUGAGCAACCAGCCGACCAGCCUGCUGACCAACCAGCCAACCCACCAGCCGAAGAGACAGUUCCUUCUUCGCCGGCUAUGGUGGUCAUUCCGCAGCAGGCCGAUCCACCAGUGGAAUUGCCCGUGAUUCGUCGGGAAGAGGACCCGACGUUGAGGCAGGUUCCGUCUUCAACCUCCACCUCUUCCCGGCUAAAUAUGCUUCUGGGACCUGCGGUGGUUGCUCUUAUGGACGAACUAGUUGCCACCGUCCACUAUCCGUCGGUAACUCCUGAAUUGGUUCAGACGAACCCUAAACCAGCUCUGCUGGCCCCCGAACCAAUCCAAAAUCCCGGACUAGUCCAACGUCCCGACCCAGUCCAGCACCCCGAACCAGUCGAGGUCUCCUCCUCGGAGUCGGGCGAUGCCUCCGUCAACCAGAGUCAUGAAGCUGUGGGUUCGGAGCCGGGCUUUAUAGGUCCCCAUUCUGCAGCCGCCGAAUCAGUUGCCAGGACGAGGAUUCGACCUGGUCCUCUACUACUGGCCCGGUUCUCUUGGCCCUUUCCGAGGCCACGGCCGUCCUCACUCAGAGUGCCUUUGCUGGCACCUGCCAGACCGGUGGUGAUGCGCUGUGCCGAUUUGUCAUUUGCCGACUUGAGUCAUAGAGACCUUGAUUCUCUGGCUCAAGUGGCCAUUGACUUGCUGGUGCAAACUCAUGCUAAGUCUGUGGCAACCCCGAUCCUUGAUCGGAUGAUCGAGAGGAUCACCGAGCUUCAGGCCGACCUUCCCUUGAUCCGACCUCCAACAUCCGACACUGCACGGUCUCAACCAACGCCCGACACUGCGGCUAUUGAGGCUUCCCUGUCAAAAGUGAUAGAAGACUUUAAUGAAAUCUCCACCCGGUUGAGUGAGCUCUAG